CUUUAUCGCUCUCUCUAUAUAUUUACAUUGACACGCAUUUGCACAAAUAUAUUCAAAGCACAGCCAUACACAGCAUCGUUUACCUUUAUAUCAAAGUUCUUUUCACUAAUCUUUCCAAAAUGAGCCAGUACGAUCAAAACUAUUCUGCAGGAGCUAACCCACCGCCACCGGUUUCAACUGCAUCACCACCGAUUGGUUACCCGACCAACGACCCGAGUCAUGGUUCGGCGGCUCCGGCUAAAGUGGAAACCAAGUCUAAGGGUGACGGAUUCUUUAAAGGCUGUCUUGCAGCCAUGUGUUGCUGUUGUGCCCUUGACAUCUGCUUCUGAGCUAUUUGGAAUUUCUUUUUAUUACGACGAGUUGUGACUUGUGUGUGGAUCUGAUGUGAAUUAUUCUCUCCAGCCUUGUAGUAUAAAAUUCGCUAUUAUUUGUUUAUUAUUUUUCUUGUAAUAAUACUCUGGGUUCGAACAUAUUAUGGUUUGUAUAUAUUUGGAUCUCUAGUAUACAACUUGCUCUUGGAUUUGUAUUAAUUGCUCUAAUUUCACAGAA